AAAAUKUAAUCAAUUGAAGUACUUUAUUCACAUUUAGAUACUUACAUUAUUGUAAAUACAUCCGUGGUUAAAUCAACAAAAUGUGUUCACCGUCAACAGAACGUGUUGAUCCCAAGUGUUCUUCCGGUAGAGCGUACAGAAGAGUAUUAAAAAAGUAUAAAACGUUAUGGAUUUUGAGUGUAGUAGCUGUCUUAUUUAUUGUAUCCGCAGCAUUGUUAAACUACACCGUCAACCAAUAUGUUCGCGCCGUCUUGAAACUAACAGCGAUGCAGUUAAUAGACCUGAACAAUUUCAAAAAUUUACUUCACGAUUCGUGUUUAAUAUAUAAAAAAAUACCAGAGCGUAAACUCAUUGAAUCGGAUUGUUAUUCAUGUGAAAGCAUCGAUCGAGUGGAUGUCRUCCUCAAACCCGAAGACAUUUUAGAAUCGUACGCAGAUCUAAAUUGGCCAGUUGCAUACCAAAGCGAUGUUAAAACCACUGUCACUGCUGAAGAUGUAGCGCAAGUWUUUUUAGCCGGGGACCUCUUACCUUGCGAUUAUGAAUCCAACUUAAAAAUCGAUCCCCUUCAAGUAAUCGAAAUGAAGAUUGGAUGGUUUAUGCAUUGGCGAAAUUGUGAUGACAUCCAAGGAAAACUAAUGCGUGCUUUGUACAAACCAGAUUCGUUUUUAAGCAUUUCUUCCGAAACCUGGACAAUUAUGUCGACCAAUUACAACACUGUUAACUAUAAAAAAAUCAAUACGUACUACGAUGGAAGAGUGGUGGUAUCACAGAUAAGUGGAACGUUUAAGUACCGUUUGGUGCCCAGAAAUCCUUGCACAAAAAUAUGCAAUCCUUUGGAUGGACGUUUAGAAACUUAUAAUACUCUGGUUUUCAACAAUUUCAUUUGGGAUUUUCAGUAUCUGCCAUUGAAUAAUUCCACCAACAGCAUAGCUAUUAUUUAUUAUUUAGAUUAA